GUAGGCAGCGGCCGGCCCCCGCUCCUCGGCUGGCCUACCACGGCUGAGUCACUGCGUAGAGCGGGUCAGGCGGAGCCGCAAGUUGACCUGCAGACCGCGCCUCCGGAGGUCGGAGCUGGCUGAUACCAUAGUCACAGGGCAGCCAAGGAGCCGCGGGCAGCGCAGCGAACAUCGCAGGUAUCACUCUGGACGCUGGAAGUGAGCUUCUCUUAGUUUGCCUUAAAAUAAGGUUUGAGUUACCCCGCCAGCGUGCAGUAUUUGGUGGAGCUGCACCCCGCACGUCCUCAGCUGGCCCAACCCUGGGAGCUGUCCGCCCGCAGAAGAGUCUGAGGAGCCUGGUCUUGAAAAGGGUCGGCCCUGUGCCUGGCCUGGUAGGAAGACUGUAAUUGUGGAAGUCAGCUACCUACUCAAGCAAUAUGAAGAUUUUAUUUGUCGAACCUGCCGUUUUCCUUAGUGCAUUCGCUAUGAGUCUGAAUAUCCCCCUGACAACACAGUAUGUGUAUAGGAGAAUAUGGGAAGAAACAGGCAAUUACAGUUUUGCAUUUGAUAGUAAUAUUUCUGAGUGUGAACAAAAAGAAAACAGCACACUUUUUGCAUUCCAAAAGGAAGUUCAAAAAAAAGUGUCUCUUUUUAGGCUGCAAAUGGAGCUAAGUGGGUUAAUUCCUGGUCUGGUGUCUACAUUCAUAUUUUUGUCCAGUAGUGAUCAGCGUGGACGAAAAUUCCCUAUGAUUUUAUCUUCUAUUGGUAUUCUUGCAACUACUGUUUGGCUAUGUUUGCUUUCCUAUUUUGCUUUUCCAUUCCAGCUUUUGAUUGCCUCUACCUUUAUUGGUUCUUUUUUUGGGAGUUCCAGCACAUUUUUGUCAGCUUGUUUUGCCUAUGUAGUUGAUCAGUGUGAAGAAGAUAAACAAAAAACAAUUCGAAUAGCUAUAAUUGACUCCAUGCUUGGAAUUGUUUCUGGACUAACAGGGUUGUCAUCUGGCUAUUUUAUUAGACACCUAGGUUUUGUGUUGUCAUUUUUAAUUAUUGCUGUAGCUCUUGCUGUUAAUUUGGUCUUUAUUUUAUUUUUUCUUGGUGAUUCAGUGAAAGAAUCUUCAUCUUUUAAUGUUACUAUGUCAUGUAUGGAAAACUUUAAAAACCAGUUUCAGCGAACUUACAUGCUUUUUAAAAAUGUUUCUGGCAAGCAGCGGUCUUUGCUCUGUUUGUUACUUUUCACAAUGGUCAUUUAUUUUUUUGUGAUAAUUGGUAUUUUCCCAGUUUUUAUUCUUUAUGAAUUGGGUUCCCCUUUCUGCUGGAGUGAAGUUCUUAUAGGGUAUGGAUCAGCUUUGGAUAGUGUCUCCUUUUUUGGUAGUUUCCUUGGAAUAUGGCUUUUUUCUUAUUGCAUGGAAGACAUUUAUAUCGCCUUCAUUGGAAUUUUUACCACCAUGGCAGGAAUAGUUAUGACUGCUUUUGCCAAAACCACGCUGAUGAUGUUUUUAGUCAGAGUGCUGUUCUUUUUUCUUAUUGCACCACUGUCUGUUUUGCGAUCCAUGAUGUCAAGAGUGGUUCGUUCUACUGAACAAGGUACCCUGUUUGCUUGUAUUGCAUUCCUAGAAACACUUGGUGGAGUCAUUGCAACUUCUGCUUUUAAUGGAAUUUAUUCAGCCACUGUUUCUUGGUACCCUGGCUUCGUUUUUUUGCUGUCUGCUGGUGUAUUACUCAUUCCAGUGAUCAAUCUAUGUGCUACCAAGUGUAUCAGCUGGAAUGAGGAGAGCUAUGCAGUUCUUGCACAAAGAGAGCCCAGAGAAGACCCUUCAGACACAUGAUUGGGAACAUUAAUGGGACAUACGGUACUUUUUAAGGAUACAGAUGAACUAUGCAAUCAAUGCUUUAUUAAUAAUCAAUGUUACACAGUCCUCUUUUUCCCCAACAAAACAGAAUCAGAGCCUGGCUUUCACUUCUUCCAGCACUUUGGCCUUUUUAGGACUUUGGGCUUAUCCUGCAAUAUGUUUACAAUACACCAAAGAAAUCUCAGAAAACUUGAGUUUGGACUUAAAGAAGAAACAAACUAAAAAGUGAAAAGAGGAAUUAAGAAACUCUAAUAAGGUCAAAAGCAAUAAUCUCAAUGACAUACUCUGGUCACUUUUAAUACCUCAAUUUCUUCACCUGCAAAAUGGAUUUUUGGAUCACCAUCACGGAAUUUGAAAGUAUAAUGAAAAGUUAGGAAAAAUGAUGAGUAUAAAAAUAGUGAUGUUUCAAAUAUUAAUAAUAUAAUUUCACCUAUCCUUGAGUAAUUCUUUGUUUUAUCAGUAGUCAAAGCUUUUAAUAGACACAUAAUCCUUAAAAGAGAAGCACUUUAAAGAAUAUACACUUCUUACUUCUCCUAAUUGGUUUCAUCAGUGACAAGCACAAUACGUUUAUAUGUAACAGGUGACUGAAAAAAUAUUAUAAAUAAGACAGUCUUAAAGAAAUUUAAAAACUCAAUAGUUAAUUGUGAUGAAAAGUAAUACUACAGAGCAGUGGUGGCAAACCUAUGAUACCCCAGUGGGUCCACAGAGCCCUGUCUGUCAGCAUGUGAGCUAAGUCACCCUAGCAGCCGAGCGUCAGACAACAGGUGUUUUUUUCUAAAUGAAAAUAUCAGUUUCAGGUUUAAUUGCAGUGUUAGUACUUUGCAAUAUAUAAGUGGAUUUGGAGUUUUAGUUUGGGCACUUGGUCUCUAAAACGUUCUAAAAGGAUGUCCACCUUGCAUAAAUCUUGGCUAGAAUUUUACCUUUAAUCUUUCUUACCCACCUUUUGCUCAUCCUCAGGGCAUUUCUAAAAUACAGACCUUGCACUCUACAAGUUAGAAUCCUCAGCAUCUAUUGUCCAUAGGAAGUUGAUCAAACAAGCAAGCUAUCAUGAACUGUCCCCUUUGUAUCUUAUUAAGUAGAGCUUUAUA